UUAAGGGUCAGUGGAGUAUGACAGAGAGGAGCAUUCUCUGCUUUCUGUCCUGUAGAGCUGCUGUCUGUUCAUGAAACUGGUGUUGUGGUGAAUGUGUUGAAGGUCUGGUCAUGGAGGGCUACUGGGCGGUUUUGUUCCCCGUGCUAAAGGUUUGGUUCAGCUGUGUUAUAGUCCUGAUCAUGUUGCCUGCAAUGUUUGGGAUCUCGCUGGGCAUCACAGAGACCUACAUGAAGCUCCUUAUCAAAACCUUAGAGUGGGCAACACACAGAAUCCAAAGAGCGAGUCGAGCUGAGGAAAUACUGAAAGAGUCUGCAUCAAAUGGUUUAAUUCAGCGUGAUAAUUCAUCAUUGGAGCAGGAGAUUGAAGAGUUGCGUCGGAACAGGCCGAAGUCUGCAGAUCGCGGAGACUUCACUCUGAGUGACGUCCUGUACUUCAGCAGGAAAGGUUUCGAGAGUAUCGUGGAGGACGAUGUGACGCAGAGAUUCACCUCAGAGGAGCUGGUGUCCUGGAACCUGCUCACACGAACCAACAACAACUUCCAGUACAUCUCUCUCAGGCUCACUGUACUGUGGGUGGUCGGUGUGGUUGUGCGAUACUGCAUACUUCUUCCUCUACGAAUUACUCUUACAACUAUAGGGCUGACCUGGUUGGUAAUCGGCACAACAACAGUGGGUUUCCUUCCUAACUGCAGAGUGAAGAAUUGGUUGAGUGAGCUGGUCCACCUGAUGUGCUACAGGAUCUGUGCAAGAGGCCUUUCAGCUACAAUUCACUUCCACAACAAACAGAACAGACCUAAGAAAGGCGGCAUCUGUGUGGCUAAUCACACUUCACCCAUUGAUGUGGUUAUUUUGGCUAAUGACGGCUGUUAUGCCAUGGUGGGGCAGGUUCAUGGUGGUUUAAUGGGAGUCCUCCAGCGAGCCAUGGAGCGAUCCUGCCCUCAUAUCUGGUUCGAGAGAUCAGAGAUGAGAGACCGCCACCUGGUGACACAGAGGUUAAAAGAUCACGUAAAUGCCAAAACAAAGCUGCCAAUACUCAUCUUUCCUGAGGGAACUUGCAUCAAUAAUACAUCAGUAAUGAUGUUUAAAAAGGGAAGUUUCGAAAUUGGAGGAACUAUUUACCCCGUGGCUAUAAAGUAUGAUCCUCAGUUUGGAGAUGCCUUCUGGAACAGCAGCAAAUAUAGUAUUAUGAGUUAUCUACUGCGGAUGAUGACCAGCUGGGCCAUUGUGUGCAACGUCUGGUAUCUGCCCCCAAUGACACACGAGGAAGGAGAGGACGCUGUGCAGUUUGCCAACAGGGUGAAGUCAACUAUUGCUCAACAAGGAGGUUUAGUAGAUUUGGCCUGGGAUGGCGGUCUGAAGAGGGCAAAGGUGAAGGAUUCAUUUAAAGAGCAACAGCAGAAGAAGUACAGCCACAUGGUGGUGGGGGAAGACAGCAGCGACUAAACACUAUUUAUACCAAAAAAAAAUACUCUCUUAAGGCUCAAGGUGAUUUUUAUAUGCAUUUUUUUUAUCUCUCUUAGCAUUUGGCCUUAUUGGAACCUAAUUAAAAUAUCUAAAAAUCAUCUUUUGAUAUGAUGUACUUUUAGAGAAAAAUUAAGUUUAUAUAUGUGAACUUGUGGUCCGAAUUUGCAUAAAACACUUUUUCCCGAAUUUUUUUUCAAUGCAUAUUUAACAUAGAUUUUUUUUUAAAACUUGCUAUCAGAGAAUAAAAACAAAAUUGUUUCUUAUUUUAGACAGUUAAAAAUAGGGUUUGGGACAUUUCAUAUGCUGCAAAACAGUUUGUAGGAUGACACUAUGUCUGAAUCAAAAUAUAAAACAUUCAAAGUAUUUUAAAUAGCCACUUAAGAGCUAAAAAUGU